UGCCCGCUUCUCCGCGGUUGCUCCCGCUAUUUAUCCCACUCGGUGCAACCCUCCCUCCCCUGCCACAAUCCCACCACAACCCGAGGCAGCCAGAGGCGCAGCGCAGAGCAGAGCCGAGCACACCACCGCAAUGGCGCGCGCCGGUGCUCUCUGCCUCGCGCUGCUCUGCCUCCUCGCGGCGCACUCCGCCGUCGCGCAGAAGUCCACCCCCGCCCCGGCCGCCGCGCCGCCCACCACCACCCCGCCGGCGUCCCCGUCCAAGAAGACGCCCGCGCCCGCCGCGGCCCCGCCCGCCGACGCCACUACCCCGCCGGCCGCCGCGCCAUCCACCACCCCCGCCACCCCGGCCCCGGCCGCCGCUCCACCCACCACCACCCCGGCUCCCUCCGCGGCGCCACCCAAGCCCACCAAGGCCGCCCCGGCCCCGGCGCCCAAGGCUAAGGCCAAGGCCACUCCACCCCCCGCCUCCCCGCCGCCGGCCGAGGCGCCUGUCGCCGAGCCCCCCGCCCCCGUCACGGAGACCCCCGCCGCCGCUCCCACCAAGCCCGCCGAGGUCCCUGCGCCCGCACCGUCCAAGAAGAAGAAGAAGAAGCCCACCACGUCCUCUAAGAAGAAGAAGAAGGGAUCCAAGGCUCCGGCCCCCGCCCCCGUCGCCGAGGCCCCCACCAAGUCCUCCAAGGCCAAGGCCAAGCCCCCCGCGGCGUCCGAUGCCGAGGCCCCCGGCCCCGCCGGCGACUCCGCCGCCGCCGACACCGCGGCCGCAUGGAGGACCGUGCAGACGAUGGCAGGCGGCAUCACGGCGGCCGCGCUGGGCCUCGUCGCCCUGCUCGCCUAAGACGGACGCUUCCCUCCUCGCGCGCGCGUGAGCGGGGGGCGCCUCUGCCUGCCUGCCUGCACAGCCGGAGCCGGGUCCGUCCGCCGGGGACGACGCGCGCCACGACACGAUUAUGCGGUGCAGCCGCUGUGCCGUGCCUUUCGGACAUCGCUGCCCGUGGGCGGUGCUCGCAUGCCACCCGUUUUUGCGCUGUAUUCUUGUCCAUUUUUUUUUAUUUAACCAGGCUUGGCUGGGCGUGUGUAGUGGUAGUUCCACUCACGUUCGAUGAUGAUACCACAUCGGAUUCUUUCUUUUCUUCUUCUUCUUUAUGUACUACUCCCCCAUUGAGAUGGUGAUUUAUUUAUAUCUUUGUUAUCAUUGUAUUA